GAGCCAGACACAGUGCAGCACAUUAAUUCCGUAGCUGGGCUUCCCCUGUUUGGAUUCAAUUGAGAGAACUUUCCCUCCUGCUAAACACAGAGAAAAGAUGGUCUCAGCCCAGACCCUCCUGGUUGGCUUGCUGUGCCAUGUCAUUUGCGGGUGUGCUUCAGCGUACACGCCCGAGGAAGCAGCGGAGCAGCAGUCUGCUUUCUCCGUGGCCAGGACCAGCAGCAUGGAAGGGGGCCCAAAGAUGGUGGUGACCUUUGACAAGGUUUACGUCAACAUUGGCAAUGACUUCAACCCAAAAACAGGCAUCUUCCGCUGCCGCAUCCCGGGGGCGUACUACUUCUCCUUUACGGUGGGGAAGUUCCCCCGCAAGGACCUGUCAGUGAUGCUGAUGAAGAACAAGAACGAGGUGCAGGUGAUUGUGUAUGACGAGAACUACAGCGAGGAGCGCAAGGUGCAGAGUCAGAGUGCCAUGCUGCAGCUUGACUUUGGUGACACCGUUUGGCUACGGCUUCACGGCAAUCCCAAGUACGCUAUCUAUAGUAACGUAGGCCACUACACUACGUUCAAUGGCUACUUAAUCUACCCGGACACAUAUUCCUUCCAGCGGCCUGUCCACCAGAGCACCGCCCAUAGCUAUAGCAAAGAGGUGUUAACUCACAUUGGGCAAACUCCUGAUCACCUGCAGGCAGACAAAUCGGUUCAGAGUUUCAAGGAAGAGGACGAUGAAGAUGAGGAACUACGAUCAGCCUUCUCAGUUGCCCGCACUCAGAGCAUUGUAGGAGUAAACAAAGAGAUCUUUGAACAUUUGCCCAUGAACUUUGACACAGACUUUGUCAACAUCGGUGAAGAUUUCGACAUUUUCUCGGGCGUCUUCACCUGUCGCAUUCCGGGAGCUUACUACUUCUCAUUCAACAUUGGCAAGCUCCCCAACAAAAUCAUGUCUGUCAAGCUGAUGAAGAACCACCUUGAGGUGCAGGCAAUGAUCUACGAUGACAGUGACAGCAAGAAGGCUCUGCAAAGCCAGAGUCUGAUGCUGUCCCUGCACCGUGGAGACACCAUCUGGCUUCUCAGCCACCAGCAUGAUGGCUAUGGGGCUUACAGCAACCAUGGCAAAUACAUCACCUUCACUGGCUUCUUGGUCUACCCUGAGCUCCCCCUGCAUAGACCACAGCAACCUGCAAAGCCUUAAAACGUGUUCCCGAAUAAAAUUUCUCAACCUUGUUAUUUAUGGACGAAAUCUUGCUUUAAAGACUGAUUUGUUUUUGUUUUUUUACCUAUUUGGCAGUGUGGAUUUUCUUUUUAUUUCACUGAAGGGGUAUGUGCAAUGACAUGGUCCGGUUGUUUCCUCUAUUCAGAGAAUGUUUCUGAGAAGCAGAUUCCAUGAGGCCAAAUACAGAAGGGGCAUCCUUACCAUCACUGAAGGAAAUAUGAGAGACUAAUAAUCCCACCUUAUUCUGGACUAUAGAGAAACCACCUUUGAUCCAAAUCAAUGUUCACAUUUCAUGGUUCACAUUUGUGAAAGAUUGGCAGCAUGGAUACAAUUGUUUUAGAUGUUUGGACAAGAUGAAUUCAUGUUAAGUCAUCAGCUUCUUUUCCACUCGCUCUAAAUGAGCCUUGUUCAGUUCUGACACAAAUUAACCUCAGCACUCUAUUCUGUUGGAUUUGAGCAAAUUAUAUUAUGUAUUCACGCCAUUUAAAGAAAGAUCAGUCCGACCAUUAGAGAUGAGCAACUAUACAUAUUACUUAACAUCAUGGGUAUAUAACCACAGCAUGCUCACUACAUAGCCAUGUUUUGCAUACCAUGUUACAGCUGUUGCCUAAAUUGAAUAAUUGCUGUUGUUAAACAGACUGCAAAGGUCAUGCUUUCCCAUUUCACAACUGUAAUUAUGCUUAAUCGAUCAGUGGUAAUGGACAACUGUGUUCAGUGAAAUCCAAGCCCUAAAUUAUUAGUAUUAAUACAGUACCUGUCUAUGAUGUUGUAAAGCCAUGAAGUUGAAUAUCAAAUUGUACCCAAAAUGUAAUUUUAUCUGUAUUAUCUGUGCUUGGGGGUCUGUGAGUAGAGGAAUCUAGUUUAUAUCUCUAUUUAUACAUUUUAAAUGAUCUUUUAUAUGACUGCGGCCUAGGUUCAAUCAAAAACAAUUUGUAUGGAAAUAUAAAAUUCAGUUAAACUAAGCAAUAAAUUGACUGUUCUUUGUCAUGGCAGUUUAUGAUAUAGAAAGUCAAAAUUUUAGAGUGACAGUGAUUUACACAGUAGAUUGCAUCCUAUUGUUUUUGCACCAAAUUACGAGAGUGUGUCUUUUCAAUGUUUACACUUUGUUUAUUACAGCUUUUACACAGCAAUGUAAGAAAAAAAAAACAUGGAAUUGUGGCUUGCUUUGGGAAUAUAUAAUGCUCAAGCAGUUGGUUUGUUUAUAAAUACCAUGUAGACUAAAUAAUAGGACAUAUUUUUAUUAAUUUUCAAUUAAGCACAACAAAAGAGCUCAACAGAGUAAAAGCCAGGGAUCAAUGGUAAAAAUGCACAUUAUUAGCAAGACAGUACAUUACUGGCAGUAUCCUAAUUAGCUUGUAUAAAAUGGACAAUGUGCAUUUCAGUCUAAUUAGAACUGCAAACCUUGUGGCUGCUCUGUUGCUAUAUUUGAAUUCAACUUGGCUGAAAAAUAAUGAUAUAUUUUACCAAUGGUGAGAUAUCAUUAGUAUUAUAAAUGUAAGUUAAAUAACAUUCCAGGCAAAAACACAUUUUUAAACAGGGAUUUUCAGAGGACUUAUUCAUUGGAUUCAUUUCAGCCUGGCAAAUUAUUCAUGAUAUGUGUAGUUAAUUGAUGUAUGCCUGACAAUUAACCAGGCUUGCAGUGUGCUCAGUACACAGGACAUAAUUAAUGUAUAGCACACACAAAUGUUAAUUAUUUAUUUGAAGCUAUAUAGUACCUAUUAUCAAAGAACAGGAGCAAAAUAUAAAACUACAUAGAAAUAAAAAGAAGUUUUACAUUUAGGACCAUUUGAUCCAUAUCAAACAUUUAAGCAUAUGCAUGUGCUCAAUACUAUUGACUGAUACAGAAGACUUAUUGUUUAUUACAAGUCCUUCAAAGUUCAGUUUUAUCCAAAAGUAUAAAACCCAUUGAUAUCACCAAACAUUUGUCAUUUCAUUUGGAAAUUAUUUUCCAGGCCUUCAUUGCAGCUGCUUUCACAUUUAAUUUGUGUUUCCUGGGGUUUCUAUCUUUAGUCUCCUCUUCAGCAAGUGAAAUGGAUUUAAAUCAGGUGACAGACUUGGCCUGUCCAAAAUUUUCCACUUUUUCCAAUUGAUGAAUGCUUGGGUUGCAUAGGCAAUGUGUUUGUGGUCGCUGUCUUGCUGCAGGAUGAAGUGCCUGGUUGGAGGAUUUCUUUGUACUGUAUAUAGCCAGACAAAAUCUGUCUGUAUGCUUCUGAAUCUAUCUUACUACUGCCACACUCCAUUACAUCAACUGCCACAUUCCAUUACAUCAUCAAUAAAGACAAUUCAGCCUGUUCCAGAAACAUCCAUACCUGCCAAAGCCAUGACACUUCCUCUCCCGUAUUUCAUGAAUGAGGUGGUAUCUUUGGAUCAUAGGAUGUUCCUUCCUUUCCCCACACAUUCAGCUUUCUUUUGCUUUGGUCUAUUUUGGUCUCAUAUAUCCAUAAAACUCUUCUGCCUGAUUUUUGAUUAAUCCUAAUCUGGCCUUUUGGUUUUUGCUGCUGAUAAAAGGUUUGCAUCUUGCAGUAUAGCCUCUAUAAUUCUGCUUUCAAAUUCAUGUACGUACAGUGACUUCACCCCGGCUGUCUUGAAAUGGUUCUUAGGGUUGUUUUGUUUGUCAUCAGCUGCUGUCGUCUUCCUUGGUUGAUUUCCCUAACAGUAUAUUUCCACUAAAGGUUUCUUCUUUCUUUUCAUGAUUUUCCAAACUGAUGUAGCUGACAUACCCAUUUUCUGUGCUAUCCUUCUUAAUUAAUUCCUCUGUUCUGUCAUCCUGCAGAUUGGUUGGCUUUCAGCCAGUUAGUUCUCCACUCUUCAUGAUGGUGUAUGCCUUCUCACUCCAGUGCAAUCUACACAAACCUAAUCAAAUGCUGAAUCCAAGGCUCGACACUCCCUGCCCUUUUAUGUGUGAACCAUGCAUGCAAAAAGAAACACCUGGGCAACUCCUGGCCGCCAUCCGCUAACUUAAUUUAGCUCAGAUGAAAAAAAUCCAAUUAAUAAUCCUUUGCUUUAAGAAAAGCCUUGCUACCAUGAUAUCCUUAUUUUCCCGUAAUUGUGUGCUCUCUGUUAUUACGCUGAUGUAGGAUCAUACAUUAAGCCAUUAGUAAACCAUGGGCACAUGCAGGCUUUAAGACAUAAAGCAUUGUAUUUUAGCAUACCACCAUCCAGUCCAUGUAUUUUAGUGCUCCAAAUAUUUAAAAAAUCACAAUGAGAUACUGAUAGCCAAAAGUUCAAUUCUUGCUUUAAUCUGUGAAUUCUGUAAUAAUCAUAAAUAAUGAUAUUAUGGCACAGCUACUAGUCAUAAUAAAUGUGUCUCUUAUGUCACUAUUUAUUUAA